GACACGUUGCGCACGCGCCAGGCGCUCAACGGCGAUCCCCUGACUCAAGCACUGAGGGCGAUCAUCCGCAGCGAGGGCGUCGGCUCGCUGUACAGCGGCGUCAUGAGCCCAUGUUUGUUCACGGGCAUCUGGAAAGGAGUGACCCUCUUCACGCACAGACAGCUCCAACAUCUCCUAGCCAGGCACCGUGGCUUCGACGUUGCCUCGCAGCUGACAGUCUUGGAGGUGGCUUGCUGUGCCAGCGUCGCCGGAGCAGUUGGUGGCGCGGUGCUGGCACCUGCAGAGCUCAUCAAGAGUCGGUCCCAGAUUUGUUCGGAGCCGCACAGCUCGCCCUUCCAGAAGGAGCUGAACCAGGUGAGGGCCCUCUUUCGCCCGGGAGCCUCGCCCAGCCGAGCCUGCCGUGGCCUUCCUCUCUUGCUGCUCAGGGACGGCCCCGCAACCUUUGUAGAUCUGGGGUGCUAUGAGCUGGUGAAGCGGUAUGGGCAAGCGCGCGACUGGCCCUGGUAUCUCUCAUCGGCAGCUGCUGGCAUUCUGGCGGCUCCAGCUGGCUGGACCUCCAUCUACCCUAUCGAAAUCAUCCGCAUUCGAUAUCAAGGCGAAUUGCGCUGGAAUACGUACGGCGAGGUGGCCAGACACGUCUACGCGACUCGAG